ACGUUCGCUGGAUCUGCCCGGGUACCCUCCUCCUCCACAGCCUCCGAGCGACCUAUAGAUGGCACAUUGAACCCACAGUCGAUUUGCAGUCGAUAAUUGCAUUUGCCUCUGUGGGAAUGUGCUCGAGCGUUGGUGAAUGUGGGGAGAUCUAAUCGCAUACGGAGAUCAAACCUCGGCGUUACGGGCCACGGCUCGCAGAACUCACGCGUUCUACUCAUCCUCUACCGUGACGCUACGGGGGAUCAUCUACGCCGAGACUCUUCACUUUCGACGAGCUCGACUAUCUGUGGGACUGCGCCUUAGAUUGGAGUGCUGUGGCGAACAUGGUAGACUUCGGGAAGAUAUCGAACGAGGUGUAUACCCUCGCGGCGCAGUCGGACCCGCUCUCGCAUCUGGUGAAGGAGGCUCUGGCUGUUAUAGAUGAUGCACUGAAUGUGUUCGGGCCGGACCAUGUUUCACUGAGCUUCAACGGCGGGAAGGACUGUACAGUCCUCCUUCAUCUGCUCGCAGCAUCUCUCGGCCGACGAGGCAGCCUCGCAUCCCGACCUAUCCCCGCGGUUUAUAUCCCCGUGCCCUCGCCCUUCCCGCAGCUCGAAGUAUUCAACCUCGAAACCGCAAAGCAGUACAACCUAGACCUCUUCCACUGUCCAGUCGACGAGCCGGAGCUUCCUGUGGAGACCGUCGCUGGGCCCGCGACGCCCGGCCCCGCAGCAACGAACGGCGUCAUCGCAGGGGCGGGUACCACGUUGAAAGCGAAGGGCGGAGAGGGCAUGAAACGCGCUCUGGAGGUCUACAAGGAGCAGUUCCCGCAUAUCGACGCCAUAUUAAUUGGCACGAGGAGGUCGGACCCCCAUGGAGCGACGCUAACAUUCCGCAAUACGACUGAUCCCGGGUGGCCUGCCUUUGAGCGCGUGAACCCGAUCAUCAACUGGUCCUACGGAGCAGUGUGGGACUAUCUGCGACGGUUCAAUGUGCCGUAUUGCGAUCUGUACGACGAAGGGUACACUUCACUCGGCUCGACCUACAACACGUUCCGCAACCCAGCGUUGCUCAUCCAGCCUGCAUGUGGGACCUGCUCUGUACACUCAGUAUACUCAUCAGAGACCUCCAAGGACGGAGAUCCCCAGAACGCAUGCUACCACAAUGCCGGGACGGACUUCUCCCACAGCACAAUCACAUCUACCGUAAUUAAUGGCCGGGGCAACGGGCAUGCUGAUUCCUUGCCGGACGCAGGGCGGCUGGAAGUCGUGAACGGCGUACCGGAUAUGCAUUGUCUCGCGGAUGACGAUAUCUGCCGGUGUCGGUACCGGCCUGCGUACGAACUCGUAGAUGGAACCCUUGAGCGGGCAGGGAGAGGGGGCGGCGCGGCGGCC